CGGGUUUUCGAGCAGUUGAAGACAUUUUUCAAAAACAUCUGGCAUUUCUGGCUUCGAUGUACUAAUGUUUUGAUUAAUUUCUUCACACCGGCUUGAAAUUUUGACCCUCGGCCAUAUAAUUUCGAUGCCAGAAGUGUUCUAUUUCCCAUAUUCAUAACAUGGAAUUCAGCCCUCUGAACGCCCAUAAGCACAAUCUGCAACGAGAAUUAGUAUGCAUCGAAUACCCUGGAAUAGUGCGCAAUCCGGAACGAAUGAUGGCUUCUUUCGGAGGUAAUCUAGAGCUCAGUACGACAAUAGCAUCGGAAAAACGCAGACUUGAACUACGCUUCCGGCCCGAAUCCAUGUAUUCUAAACCCGCCUUCGGAGAUCGUCAUGCAACAGCCGGCUUGGUUCUCAAAAUUAAAGCUCGUCGCAAACGAAACCAACCCAACGAUAUUCACGUUAGUUCGAUAGAAAUAGCUGGCCAUGUCAAUUUGAUGUAUAGGUUCGAGAGCAUGUGCGACUUUCAACUGCUCCCAGCCGUACCCAACAAAGCCGGAGAAUUGGAGUGCAUUUAUAAUCAGUUAGUUCCAAAAGGAGUUAUCACUAGCAUUCCAAAGGAAAAUUGUUCGAAUGUUCCAUACUUUCUGCCACCAAUUUCAUUCAGUCGAUAUGAUACGGCCCAGCUGUGCAUUUUUAAAGCCAAGGAAAAGGCCCCAAACAAAUUGAGCCGUGGAGAAAAAUCUCGGCCUAGUCGAACGAAACACGGAAUGUAUCUACAAUUUAACAUGACCGAUCCGUUACCCACCGGACCAAAUCCCCUAGCUGCACAAGCACUUCAACAAAGACAGGUUCAACAAGAAACUAUUCGCCUGAUCAGCAACAGUUUCGAAGAUCGACCCAUUUGGACUAAAGCAGCUCUGAAAGGCGCUUUGCAACUCAGCGAAGACGACGUACGAUACAUUUUACCGGUUAUGGGCUUAUACUAUCUGAAUGGUCCUUGGCGUGGAACAUGGGUGCGUUUUGGUUAUGACCCCCGUAAUCACUUUGAGUCUCGAUAUUACCAACUGUUGGAUUUUCGCGUUCGCGCCAUCGGCGCGCUACACGAUAAAAUUAAGGUGAAAAGAACUCAAAACCCUAUAAAACCGUGCAUGCGUUUCGCGAACCCGGCCUCAAACUCACGCGAUACGACCAAGGCUAGUCUAACGCGCACAGUUGCUUUAGAAAGCAGCGCGAUUUUUACAAUGGACACUCUGCCACAGAUGAGAAUUAUUUUCUACCAGUACUGUGAUGUACAAGUUCCCCGGAUACAGCAGAUGUUGGAGAAAAUUCCCACUCCACAGACCGGAGUUACGUGUAACGAGAAAACGGGCUGGCUGCCACCCCGCUUCGACGAACAGUGCAGAGAUAUUCUCACCGAUAUAGUGUUGAGCAAUUUUCGCAAGGCGAAAGAAACUGAUUCCGCCGCUACUAGCGAGUUCGAGGAAACGGAAGGAACCGAAACGGAGAUUACUUUCGACGAGGACGACGAUGAGAAUGAGUUUGGCGAUAUGGAAGAUUUGGACGAGAAGGGAUUUCCGGAGUUCGAUUAGUGUAGCGUUAGGUGGGAAAUAGAGUGCUUGAUAUACACAA